AUGGAUCACAUACCUUCAUUGCCUAGAUCCUUCAACGGCAAUACUGAAUUGCUGAUCUUCGUAGAUCUAUUCUUGGGAUAUGUGAUCGCCAAAGCCAGUGCCUCUAGAUCUGCCCAAACAAUCGCCGAGACUUACGAAGAAUGUGUCUUCCGUCGGUUUGGCGUGAGCGAGGUGAUCCGACACGAUUGGGAGCCUUGCUUUAUGUCUGAUUUCUUUAAUUCGUUCAACAAGAUCCUGGGACAGCGCCAACGGGCUACUAUGUCCAAGCUAAUGGAUCUGCAGAACACAACCACCAGGGCUCUUAAGAUGUAUUUGGAAGAUCUAGAUGAACGAGAUUGGGACGAAUAUGCGGAACAACUCACCUUCGAGAUCAAUACUGCAAGGGAUCGGAUCCGAGGUGAAACGCCUUUCUACAUGAUACAUGGCUGGGAUCCUAGAUCUACCCUGGAAGCUGUGAUCCCGGUUGGGAGCCCUCGCAGGUACGAUCGAGAUCCGAGAAGAUGGAGAUAUGGAAUGCAAAAGUAUUAUCAACAGGCCAGAGAACAAGUGAACCAGCGGCUACGUGUGGCGAUCGCAGAUCGGGCCGAUACGCAUAACGAUCUAGCACGACCACAUCCUAUGGAGUCUGGAUCAAGGGUCUGGCUGUACCUAGAUCGAGUGCGUGAAGGUUACGCAAAAAAGCUGGCGCACUUAUGGCAUGGUCCAUUCCGCGUUCCCGAGAAGAUCGGAGAGUACGCUGUGAGGUUGGAGGUAGCGGGAUACCAAGAAGCAACGCACUCUUCAUCUUCCUAA